AUGAAGCCCAUUUCCCGUCUCCCUGCACCUUACAGUUGGCGCUGUGGUGUCCAAGCUGAGCAAAUCUCCCUCAUCUUCAAAAGUUUGGAAGCACUGAUAACACUGCAGCCCUGGAGGACUUGGAUGAACCAGAGGGAGAUGAAGGUGUCAGCCCUGGAGGAGCAAGGGUUCUCAGGACAGGACAGCAGCUGCGAUCCAGCUGGAAGAGCCCAUGGAGGAUCCCACAGCUCCAGGGACAACACCCCUGACCAUGCACAGGCAUCAGACUUUGAUGCUAUACUCCAAGACGUCCAUGAGCUCCAGGAAAACAAUCGCAAACUUGAGGAAUGCUUUGAAAACUUGAAAACUAAACACCUACAAAGCUACACAGAGAUUGUGGAGGCCCUACAUUUGGAGCAAUACAGGUGUGAACGUUUAGAAAAACAGCUCUAUGACUUUACAGAACUGCACCAGAACGAAAUUGUGAACUUGAAAGAGGAACUAGCCAGCAAGGAGGAGAGGACUGCUUAUCAGACUGAUGAAAGAGGGGCAGAUAUUCAUGAGGCGCUGGAGGCAUGUCAGAUACGUCUGUUCAAGAUGGAGCAGCAACAGCAUGUAAUGCAGCAAAGUUUGGAGAACACCACAGCAGGGACCCGUUUUGGGGAACUAAUCAAUGUGCUGCAGACUGUUCUGGCAGCCAUUCUAGUUUUUGUGUCCACAAUGGCCAACUGUGUGAUCCCUUUGAUAAAAACAUUUAGCCACACACUUUCUACACUGCUUUUUGCAGGCCUCUUCUACUCUCUCUGGAAGCACUGGGAUGCCCUCUUAGAUUAUCAUUAUUACUUUCUCUGCACUCAACAUCCUGAAAAGGGAGACAAAUAAACCUGUCUCGACUCAAGUAUUACUGACAUCUCUUCGGAAAUCUAAUGCAAAAAGAGCCCUAUAUACUCUUCAGCCCAACCUCACUGCUUCCUGUUAACAGAGGUCAAAUCUAAUUUUCAGUUUCAGU